CUGGCGCAUCUGCAGCAUCCGAAGCCGCAGACGGGACUCGCCAUGAAGAACACGCUCACUUCGUGUUAAAUUCGAUUCUAUCCGACAACAUAAAAGGGAAAACGGUUACCGUUAACCGCAAGAGGUCCGACAGCACCGCGCGGAUGAAAUGUUUCCCGAGUCUGAGAGGAUUUAGCAGGAAUGCUAGCGUUAGCGCAUAGCUGUCUGUGUGCUGAAUUUAAAUUAUUACUAUUAUUUAACCAAAUAAGAAGCUAAUUUAUAUGACGUUGAGCGUUUAGUGUAUAUGAAAAGCCAAUAGUGCGAUUAUUAUAUGCAUGUCGUCAAUUUUAUGUGAAAAGUCGUUUUUUUAACGGUUGCACAGCUGAAUGAUGAUGGAAGGUUUGACUUUCAUUCAUCACAACAAUAAUAUCUGUUUUCUUGCCGUUUGAACACUCAUUUCUCAGUAUUACACUGAAUUUAGCUGAAUUUAUAUAUUUAUACUAUCAUAUGGUCUUUAUUGACACAUUAGACUUGGACAUCAAUCAUAUCAGGUCCUCUGAGGCACUACUGUAUGUUUUAUAUGUGAACAUAUUUAACAGUGGUGCUUUAAUUUAGUGCAAAUACUGCAUAGACGGUUCAUUUAAACAGUGAUCCGCAUCAGAAUUGGGCUGUAAGCCCAUGUUAGACAGUCACAGCUGAUCUAGACCUUUGGCACCAGAACAAUCCACUCCAGUUACUUAUUGAUUCACUUGAUCUGAGUGUCAAAGUAGGAGAAUUUUAAUACACAAUGAAGAAGUUUUUUGACUCGCGGAGGGAACUGGUGGGAUCUGGGCCCGGAUCUGGAGGAACAGCUGGAGGUUCUGGAUCCAGCAGUGGUGCUGGUGGGAAUUUCAUUGGACGGGCCUUCACUGUAGGAAGACACCAGGUGACGGUCGAAGAAACUCUGGCAGAAGGCGGCUUUGCUAUCGUGUUCCUGGUGCGGACCAAUCAGGGGGUGCGAUGUGCCCUGAAGAGGAUGUAUGUCAACAACGAGUACGACCUGCAGGUCUGCCAGCGCGAGAUCCAGAUCAUGCGGGAUCUCAACGGUCACAAGAACAUUGUCGGGUUCUUGGAUUCCAGCAUCACGGCUGUUGGGGGCGGAGAUGUUUGGGAGGUGUUCAUCCUCAUGGACUUCUGCAGAGGCGGUCAGGUGGUGAACCUCAUGAAUCAGCGCUUACAGACAGGCUUCAGCGAACAGGAAGCACUCCAGAUCUUCUGCGACACAUGCGAGGCCGUCGCACGUCUGCACCAGUACAAAACUCCCAUAAUCCACCGGGAUCUUAAGGUGGAAAACAUCCUUCUCCAUGAUCGGGGACACUAUGUGCUGUGUGAUUUCGGCAGCGCCACCAUGAAGUUUCAAAACCCGCAGACUGAAGGAGUGACUGUUGUGGAAGACGAAAUCAAAAAGUACACAACCUUGUCCUAUCGUGCUCCGGAGAUGGUGAAUCUGUACAAUGGCAAACUCAUCACCACCAAAGCAGAUAUCUGGGCUCUCGGCUGUCUGCUGUACAAGCUCUGUUUCUUCACGUUGCCCUUCGGCGAGAGUCAAGUGGCUAUAUGUGACGGCAGUUUUACCAUUCCAGACAAUUCUCGAUAUUCCCAGGACAUGCACCGUCUCAUUCGCUACAUGCUGGAACCGGACCCUGAUAAGAGGCCCGACAUUUAUCAGGUGUCCUACUUUGCUUUCAAACUGGCCCGUCGGGACGGCCCUGUCCAAAACCUAAAGAAUUCUCCCAUUCCUGCUAAGCUUCCCGAGCCAAUCCGAGCAAGCGAAGCGGCGGCAAAAAAGAGCCAAACGCAAACCAAGGCCAGACUAACAGACCCCAUUCCCACCACUGAAACCUCCAUCACUCCCCGCCAGAGGCCCAAAGCAGCACAAUCCCAGCCUCAGGCACUAGGGGGCAUCUUGCCUAUACAGCCAGCUGCUCUCACCCCACGCAAAAGAGCCAACCUGCCCUCUGGGGCCGUCCAACCUAUGGCCGUCAGCAUGAACCUGGCACAGCCGGCCGCAGCGCUGCAGUCUCAGAAAGCUCAAGUUUCUCCCUCCCCUCAGCAGAAAGUGCCCGUGCAGCCGAUCUCAGUCUCAGCUGCACCUGCAUCAGGAGGAAGCGUUCCAGCUGCAGCCUGCAGCCCCGCCCCUCAGAAAGCCGCAGCGACUCCUCCCCCGUCCAGCCCCGCUCCGCCCACUGCACCCGCUAGGAGCGCGCGGCGUAAGCAGGCGUCGGCGGUUCAGCAGCAACAGCCCGUUCCUGGGCAACCUGCCGGUGCACCGCCCCCAGCACAGGCGGAGCCUGCAGCGGUUCCGCCCACUCCCCAGCCGGCAGCGCUUCAGUCUCCGCUCAGCCAAGAGAAAGAGAGGCCUGUAGCCCCAGGGCUGUCCCAGACUCCUCCCUCUUCUCCAAGGAUGGCUCAGAAGGCGGGUCACAGGCGCAUCCAGAGUGAUGUCACCCACAGCGCUAUGUUCGGAGUGCCGGUCAGCCAGUCCACUCAACAGCUGCAGGCAGCCACAGCAGAGGCCAGCCUUAACAAGUCUAAGUCAGCUAGCGCCACCCCAUCAAACUCGCCCCAGUCUUCUCAACAGAGUGUGUAUCAGCCUGCCCAGCAGGGCGGCAGCGUAUCCGCCCCCCAAGAUCCUACUUCAGCUUCUAGCUUGACCAGUCCCCCUGACCAGCCCUCCUGGAAUCCUUUUGGCGAUGACAAUUUCUCCAAACUUACAGCGGAGGACCUGCUCAACAAAGACUUCACCAAGCUAGCCGACGAGCCUGUGGAGCUUCUUGUUGACACUGAGAGUCUUAUUCCUGGCCUGGACGCUGCAGAACCUGCUCCACCAUGUGCUGCUGAAAGACCCACUGAUAUUCUGGGUUUGGAACCAGGUGCCUGUUUUCUCGCUGUGCCAGAGAAGCUGAUCGAGGGCCUGAAGUCUCCAGACACCUCCCUCAUGCUGCCCGAUCUGCUUUCCAUGGCAGACCCCUUCGGCAGUUCCAUCGAUGACACCAGAGAUGCUAAAACAGAAGCGUGUAUGGACUCUCUGAUUCCUGGUUUGGAGCCUCCCCGGCCACAGCUGCACCAUGUGGAGACAGAGCCGUCGUCUGGAGCUCUGGCAGACCCUUUGAUUGGAGAAGAUUCUCUGCUGGGUUGUUCUCUCCCCUUUGGGACCGCCUCCUGUCUGGACGAGUUUGCACCUGUCUUAGGAGGCCCCUCCCAGAACCCACCAGCUGCAGACUCCUGUUUGAUGUCAGGCUUCGAAUCUCCGAACUCUGAGGCGGUCAAUGAAGAUGAGUUUGACCCCAUACCCGUCCUGGUCUCCAAAAAUUCCCAAGGAGGUCACUCUCGCAGUAACAGCGCCAGCUCUGAGUCCAGCCUGCCCAACCUGGCCCGCUCCCUGCUGCUGGUGGACCAGCUCAUCGACCUCUAGACCUUACCCAUAUUUCUGCUGCGCUGAAGACGAUUCCAUCGCCGCGGUCUUCUGCUGUUCGCCGCAAAUCUGUCUCGCUCUUGGUUGUUUUCUCUUCCUCCCUCCUCUUUGAUUUCAUCAUCAUCCUCCUGCUUCAGUUUCUUCCUCUUCAUCACAUCAUACAUUUGACCUUCUUUUCCAUCUCUUAGCAUCGUCAUCACUCAUUUUGAUUUGAUUCUUUCCUCAUAGUGAUGAGUUUUUUUCCGUUCAAGUGGCAUCCCGUUUCCUCUGGUGUCCGUGCUUCAUGUGGACAUUCAUUCGUUUGAUAGAUUUCACCUGCCUCGCAGGAUGCAAACGCCGGCAGUGUGAGCUUCAAAGAGUAGUUCUCUUCUGUCCAGCAUACAAUCUGUGUCUUCUGUGGCACUCCUCUCCAGAUUAAACACACAAUGUUUUAUUAUGUUUAAAGACUAGGUUCUGUCCAAACAGAGAUUAAAGUGAAGCAAGCGUUCACAGAGAGAGGAAUCAUGAUGGAUAUUUACUGACCGGCCGGUAGGGAAGCACAGAUGGCAUGACUUUACCUUCAUCCAGACAGACUGCAGGGUAGGAAAAGAUCUUAGUGUUUCGUGUAGAUUUCCCAGAAAUCCCAAGCCUUUUUCUUCCAAAAGCACUAGAAAAUCUUAGCAAAGGUAAGAGCAGAUUAAAUAUACAUUCCUCUUUGCCAUCGCUGACACCUGUUCACUCUCUUUCCAUCAUCCUCCAUCCGGUUACGUCUUUGUAAAUAGCUCUUAUUGAUGUUGUACGUUGACUGGAAACCAUGUAAAUUGUUGUAUAUCUACAGUAUCUCCGACCCUACAGAAGUGAUUCGUUCCUCCUGUGUAUAAAGCAUCUGUCCUAAUGUCUGACAGUUCCUUCAGAAAUCUGCAUCCCGUCCCAUAGUAUACAUCAGCAGAAUAAUUCAAAAGAACUAUUUCAUAUACGGUAAAGAUUAUAUGUGAAUACGAUUAGUUUUAGAGAAGGAAUGUAUGAAACGAGUAUCCGUCUAUAAAUGCAGAUAUGUGUAUAUGAGUCAUACGAAACCUAUUUAAGAGGAAUCUCUAUCUCUUCGUUCUGUGUGUUGAGCUGUGUUUGCGAAUGUAAAUCGUCGCUUUCAUCUUUUAAUGGCCGGAUCAUCAUCGAUGAACAGACUCGGACGAGGAAAAAUGGACAAUCUGCCAAUCGCCCGACUCGGCUGGACAUCAUGUGUGUGCGAGUGGGUUGGAUUUGUGCUGUCUUUGCCUUCCUCUGCAGAUAUUCGUCACAAAUCAAACUGGUUAAAUGCUCUACAAUCUCAAAUCUUUGAAACUACGUGUCAAGGGCCGGUUGCAGAAACUGCUUGGACAAAGUCAGGUACAUGCAAAGGUAGCUCGGUCUUAUUGAAAUCUAGAAGUAAGACUGAGACGGUCUUAAUUUAGCAGCUUUGUUUAUGCAACUGGCCCCGGGUUUUAAAACAAGUCAAGCUCAUAAAAACACCAUUUGGGGCACAAUCAAAAAACAAAGACAUGGAUUGAGAUGAACUUGUAUUCCACUUGAGAACGUACCUUUGAACGCCGUGUCAUCUCAAGCCAGCCGUGCUUUCCGACAUCGAGGUCUCGCGCAUCCAACGCAUAUCGAUGCAUGGCAGUGUUUAUAAGAAUAUAAAGUUAAGACGUGUCUGUGGCCAAUCUUCAUAUCAGUACUGUACGUAUGUGUGUGUGUGUGAACGUAGGGUAAAUAAAUAGUUAGUCUUAGUUGUUGAAAGUGGUGAGGUUCUGUCUUUGACGUGGUGAAUCGGCUUCGGACCCGCUGCAGGCACCUCCGGUUCAAGCACAGGUUCUUUCUUUACCUGAGAGUCCUUAGUUAUCACAUUACCCGUUUGAGAGCAUGGUACAUGCUCUCGGUAAUACCGUACGAGAUUAUUGUAAUCCCAACUGCAACUGAGUUUAUAACGCAUUGAAAGUUUGGGAAUUGGGUGAUUUUUAAGGCUGUUGAAGUGAGUUGAUGGUUUGUAACGAGUACUUUAGGGGUGAGGCAGUAUGAUGGUGGGAACGCGCCUAGAUUGCUAUAACAAUGGAGGUUAAUGUGCUUGUGCUGAACUGAUUUACACUCUGUUAUUUACAUUAAACAUAACGUACGCGGGAUACCCAUUGUUUUUUAACUCCUGUUGCAUGAAGCGUUGUCAUUAGGAUGUCAGGCAUUGUUCUUUCGCUACAAGUACAAAUAGAUAUCGGCUGCAGAAGAACUUAGGAGACCACUCCAAAAGAAUUUCUUGAUGAAUUCUGGUCAUUCCAGUCCAGUGUCUGUUGAAUUUCAACAAAAUCUAAAUUCUUAGUCAUCCAACGGCAAUGUGAAAGACUGACAGCCUGACAAGAAGCAAAAUGUGAGAAAAAUCAAGUUAUCACAAAGAAAAUGUUUUUCAACUUUCCUAAAUACAUGUCCAGAUAUUAAUCUCGAAUUGCUUAAAAGAAAAUGUUAUUUUUUCAUUUUCUGCAAAUAAAUGCAAAUAGAAACAAUGUUUUUAUUUCACACUUGGGAGAAAGAUUGUUGUUAGUUUACUGAAUGAAACGAGAAGGGUAAUUUUACCUAAACACAUACAGUACCUAUUAAUAGUAAAUUCACAAAAACUGCGAAAUAGUUUUAAAAUGUUUUUUUGUCCUCGACUGUAUAUACAACAACACAAUGACUAGUAGACUGAUGUAAGAUUCUUGUCAUACUGCCCACCUCUAAACCGGAAAACAAAAAAAGAUACAAAAAUGUGUAGCAAAUGAUCAAACCUGAUAAAAAUGAGUAGUCAUGUUGCAGUGAAAGCUUGGGAUGUUUUUACAAAGUGUUUCGUUACAUAAGAGACUUUGAUGGAAAACCACAGAUAAGCAUGAGAAUGACCCUCGCACAAAAAGAGCAUUCAGAUGCUGCUGGGGUUUAUUCCUGAUGCGUGUUGUUUGCCUCUCUUCUGUACAGCCGCCCGCAGACUCUCAUGUUAACCUAUGCAAUCCUAAAGCUUCAUCUUGUUGUUCUCAGUAGAGAUCUUUGCCCCGCGGGUAACGUUCCACUUGUGUUGUUGUGCAAAAUCAAAGAUUUCAUUUUAUGUGCUGUUUUUGUUGGGAGUGAAAAAAUAUUUAUGACCAUGUUUAUCCCCAGAAGUGGAACCUCAUUGGUCUUUGUAGCAGACACCCUCAGCCCAGUGUUAGAACAGCGAUGGGUUCAUGUGCACCUUCUAUUUUUGUGACGACCAAUAAAUGAAGAAAGGGAUGUUAAAUAAACCAUGUAAAUGUGAAUGUA